AUGCUUCUUCUCAUGCAGUUAUGCCUCGUCUCUGCUAUCAAACUCGACUUGGAGAGCGAUGACUCGAUCAAACUCGCUGCCAGGAUAGCCGCCAAAGGCAUGCUCAAGUACUACUCAGGCGAUAAGCCGGGAAAUAUCCCAGGAAAUCUGCCCGACCCUUACUUCUGGUGGGAAGCGGGCGCCAUGUUUGGCAGUUUGAUCGAUUACUGGUUCUACACGGGAGACAGCCAGUGGAAUGACAUGAUAACUGAAGGGAUGCUCUGGCAAGUUGGCCCAGAUAACAACUUUAUGCCUCCUAACCAGACGUUGACCGAAGGGAACGACGACCAGGCAUUCUGGGCUAUAGCAGCCAUGUCUGCUGCCGAACGGAAAUUCCCCAACCCCCCGCUGGAUAAACCACAAUGGCUGGCUCUGGUAGAAGCUGUUUUCAACUCCCAAGUCCCCCGCUGGGACAUGUCGACCUGCGGGGGAGGCUUAAAGUGGCAGAUCUUCCGGUUCAACCGAGGCUUUGACUACAAAAACACCAUAUCCAACGGCGCGUUCUUUCAGAUGGGUGCGAGACUGGCUAGGUAUACUGGUAACGACACAUAUGCGAAGUGGGCAGAGACAGCGUGGGAUUGGUCUAGAGCCAUAGGGCUCAUGAACGAGAACUACCAGUUCUUCGAUGGGUCAAGCGAUCUGCUGAACUGCUCGGAACUGAACCGGAUACAAUGGACUUACAACGCCGGUAUAUAUCUGCUGGGGGCCGCUGCCAUGUAUAACUAUACGGACGGCAGCCCAAAAUGGCGAGAACGGGUCCAAGGAAUUCUUGACGGCCUACGCCCAUUUUUCCAGCCGGGGACCUAUAUCAUGUCCGAGAUUGCAUGUGAGGAACCAGGCAAUUGCGAGACCGACCAGAGAUCAUUCAAGGCCUACCUAGCUCGCUGGAUGGCAGCUACCACUCAGUUGGCCCCUUUUUCGACCGAUUUCAUCAUGCUCAGGCUGCGAGCUUGUGCCACCGCAGCUGCAAAGACGUGUACCGGGGGUGACGAUAGCACUGCAUGCGGCCUCAAAUGGACAGCCGGGAAAUUCGAUGGCAGUAUGGGAGUUGGCGAGCAAAUGGCUGCCAUGGAAGUGUUUCAAUCCAACCUGAUACGCAAGGCCGUACCCCCCGUCACUAAUUCCACCGGCGGAAUAAGUCAAGGUGGUCCCGGGAACUCAGGCAAAGGAAAAAAUACGGGAUCUAGGGCUCUGAGGUCGAUUAACACGGCGGAUAGGGCUGGAGCUGGCAUUCUCACAAUUUUACUCCUCUUCGCUAUCAGUGGGGUUACAUAUUGGAUUAUUAUCCCAUGA